AUGCGCGGUGAGCCCGAGGCGGAGGAAUUUUCAUCAGCGCGGCGGUCGAAUGCCGCGGAGGCGGCGCAGUGGUGCGGGCGUGAAGACGCCGGCCGGGCCGCCUCCGGUGCAGACACCGGCGGAGGCCGGGAAGCCGCGCUCGCCGGAGGAGACGGCUUUUUGUCGGGGCGCACAAAAAAAGAAGACCUUGAGGCGCGCCGGGCGGCGGCACACGGGCUGCAUGUUAAUUGGCCGCCGCCGCCGCUGGCCGCUACAAAACGCCGAGUAAUGCCCGGACGGCGGGGGACGCACAAAAACUGGGCCACGCCGCUUUUUGCCGGCACGCCUCGCCCCAGCUCCCCUCCCGCCCCCGCCGCCGCCACCGCGACUUUUGUGGUACACCUUGCACCUUCAAAAAUAAUUUGUGAAGCCUGUCUGAGGAGGAGUAGCUUGGUCACUGAGGGCGGCCUGCGGACAGCUCUGUUCCAGACGCCGCUGGUUCCCGGCUUCCCGGGCGCUGUCCCCGUGCCGGUGACUGGCGCCGUGCCGGUGACCGCGGCCGUGGCCGUCGCGGCGCCGCUCCAGAACCACCACCCACACCCGCACCCACAUCCGCACCACCACCACCACCACCACCACCUGCACCACACGGCCACGACGGGCGUGACGCUGGUGCCCUCGGCCGCUCUCCUCGCGGCCGGCGCUCUGCCCACCACCGCGGCCGGCCCCACAGCCGCCGCCGACCACUCGCCUCAUUCAGUCUCCAGCGUCGCCUGCGGACUUCCGUCUCCCGGCCGCCAGGGCUCGGACAGCACGAGCCCGGUGCGGCAGGCGCCGUCGCCGCCGGGCUGCCCCGGGUCUGGGUCGGGCGCGGGCUCUCCGCUGCAGGUGACGCCGGUGCUGCUGGAGGCGCAGGUCGCCAGGCUGGCCGAGGCCGCCGACGCGCUGGUGCGCAGCCUGCCGCACCUCGAGCCGCGCCACCACAACCCCAAGAAGAAGGUCUGCAAGGACCUCGAGCAUGUGCUCAGCAUGGCGGAGGAUGACCCAAGGAGGAUGGAAGAGAUCAGGAAAUACGCAGCCAUAUAUGGCCGCUUUGACUGCAAGCGCAAGCCUGAGAAGCCUCUAACACUACAUGAGGUGUCAGUGAAUGAGGCAGCAGCACAGAUCUGCAGGUACAUGCCAGCACUGCUCACCAGGAGGGAUGAGCUGUUCCCUCUGGCACGACAAGUUGUACGUGACUCUGGCUACCACUACAGCAAGGGUCACUCCAACCUGUCUGCUUGUUUGCGUCCACAUUCUGGUAGAACCAGCAAUGGGGAUGAGAACCACAGCAGCAAGAGACCUCGUUUAUCACCUUCACCUGCAGAUCUCUCUGACCAUGAUUCACAGGGCAGGCUUCGACGACAGGAGAGGUUGGAGCAAAUAGCAGAUGAAUUAAGAAGUUUGGCAGAGCGUUCAGAAGAACUUGUUGCUGCUGCACAGCAAGUGCGUGAUACAGGAUCAGAAGAUCAUGUCGCUUUGCGCUCACUGCAGCAACAACUAGAAUUAGUACAGAGCAGACAAACCCAGUUGUUAGCUGAACAGGGGGAGCUCAGUGCACGGCAUCAACACAACACAUUCAGGUCUUUUAGAUCAAGAAGUGGAAAAGGAUCAUCCUGUUUUGAUUCUGAACGUCCUGACACUGAUGACACCGAUUCUCAGUUUUCCUUCAGCAAUGUUAGUUCGCCAUCACAAGAGGUGAGUGACUCCAGAGACUCAUCCGUUCGUGAAAUUGAAGGAACAGGAGGAACAGAAAUUAAAACAGAAAAGAAUCCAUGUAAGAUUUCCAAGCAGAUGGUAAAUGAAACAUUAAUGGAUGAGGGUUUGCGAGUUGUCAAGGAGAUGGUUGCUAAUCAAAAUAAGGAAAGUGUAAAUACACAGUCAACCAAUUUUGAAGAUCCUUAUCAGGAAAGCAAAGUGCAAGUGAUAGCAUCCAGUGGAGGAAAUAUAAUAGCAGUUGCGAACCCUGCACUUUCCAUGUCUCCAGCCAUUGCUGCUGAUGCCGCUGAGGGGGCAUUACUUCGUGGACCACUCAUCCCUUUGCUAACACAAGAACAUCAAUCUGCAAUAUCAACUGUAACACCAGAAAAAAUCACAUGAUGUGUGUGCCAUGUGUCAUUUUCUAUAGAUCUCAAAGUCUUAUAGUGAAUGUAUAAUGUCACUAUUGUACUUCAGUAAUAUUGUAUAAAAGAGGACUUGUUAUUGAAAAAUAUCUUCUAUGUGCUAUAAAAACAUUUUGAAGUGUUUUAAUGAAAAUGGUGCUUCAUUACUAAGUAUGGUGGCUUCAUCUGUUCCUGGAAUCUUUGCUUGAUGAAAAUUUAUGAAGAUGUAUGUUAAAAUACUCAAUCCCAACAAUAAAUACACUGACUUUGAUCAUAAGAUUAAUUCACGAACUGCUCAAAUGCUUUCUUCUUGUACUGUUUGCUGAUAAAACAGAAUAAUAUGGUUCCUGUUUACCAUGUCUUCAUAAAACAAAGAAGACUAUACUGGCCCUGUCUGAAGAAUAUUCAUGUUGAAAUUGACUGUUCUCAAAAGGUUGACACGUUUUUGUACUAGUAACUGUUUAGUAGUAUUGUGUUCAAUCAUUUGAUAUAAGUGCAGUUUUUACUUUUGUCCAUAUAUUCAUGUUGUUAAUAACUGUUUUGGUUAUGUGAACAAUUGUAAGAACCAUCAGUGCAUUGUUCACUGGCCAGAAAAACCAGUUUUCCGUGCUGGCAGUUAUAAACACAACCACUGCAAACAUACAAUCCAAAACUAAUUCAUAUUUAUUCUUUUUUAUAAUGAAUGCAAACAGGACAUGAGACUGUAUAUCAGUACCAAAUUUAGUUCCUUGUUCAAAAUAGGAAUGGACCUUUCCAGAUGUGAGAUGCAUUACAGAUAUUAAAUAAUUUGAACAGAAGGUUUACUUGACUUAAAAAUACCAUUGUUGGGAUAGUUAUGAUAACUGAUGUACAUGUCUCUGUGUGAUAUAAAACCAAAACCAAUUUGAAAGGUAUGACUUGUUCUUAUGAUGUGCCAGUAAAAUCAUACAUCAAUUGCUCACAUGCCUACAAUCUAGCCAACUGCGGUCUCACAGAAUAGUUAGCAACCAAACUGUCAAUGUUAGUAAUAGCCAUGUUUAUUUCUUGCAUCAGGUAAAAUAAAAAAGUGCCCAUACUACAUACAGUUUCUUUGACACACUGGCAAGAAAUUCAGUUUGCCAUCAGGUGUCAGCAUAUUCAUUUGUGAUAGUCUAACAUCACUUGAAAGGAUUAAAGGUAUUAUUUGCUACCAGCUUUUUUUCUGUUUUGUACAGCAUGCUUACUUUUAUCAACAUAGCAUUACAUUCCCUAUGUUUUCUUUACUUUGAUGUGCUUUAUCUGUGGACAGGUGGAUGUACAGAAAACUUUAUGAGGAAUUCGAAUGAAUUUUUUCGAUUUAUAUACUCCCAUCAUAGACCUAGAAACACUCAUUGAUAUCAAUGUUUUAAACUCUUAAGAGCUUUCAAGAAAGUUUCGGUCUGUGACUUUCAGGCUACAAGGUGUAAUGAUUAUUAUGGAAAAUUUAUUAGUUGAGCUUCUGAAUUGGUAAAAUUAUGUCCAGAACGUUAAUAUGUGGUAUCACUUGCAAUAUGAUAAUCCAGGGAAAAGGCAAGCUAGAUGUAGCAAGCAAGGAAUGAUCACAGACACCAAAAGAUAACAGGCUAAAUUAUAUGGAUAAAAGGAAAACAAAUAAGUAAUAUUUAUCAAUUAAAAAAAUAAAAUGACUGACCAUAGGUGAAUAAUAAGCAACUUAUGUUUUAAUAUUUCUUUCAGUCAUGGAGAAUUUGUACAAAAAGUUGUCUUCAUUUCUGAAAUGAGAUACCAAUGACAGUUCUGUUCUUAUUUCAAGCCACUCAACAGUAAAAGAAAAUUGUUAUGUUGCAUUAAACAGAAAGUAUCUGGUAAUAUACUGAAUGAAAUAAAAACAAAUUGUUGUGAAGUGGUCAAUAAAAGAUAAUAUUUUUGAUGUAACAAUAAAACAUGUUAACAUAUAUAAAAAAUGAGAUCACAGGAAAAGAGAAAAAAAAACAUGUUUUUAGAUGCUCCAUAUUAAAAUAAAAAUUAAAUAUAUCAUGCCAGUAUCCUGAAAAAAUACCAUUCCUUGGCCUUCCUCCACAUUGCUCUUUGAGUGCUACCUAGUGUCUUUGAAACAAUCAUUAUUGUACAGAAUAUGUUCACUGGAGUUAUUAAUAGUUUCCAGACUACUAUGUUCGAAUCCCCCAUAUUGGAGCACUGAUCACUUUUGUCACAAGACUGUUAUAUGUUUAAGUUAAAACAGAAUGACAAUAGAAUAAAAUAAUCUUUCAAUUACAAUACUAUCUUUGUGAAAGUAUGGUUUUAUGCACUGAAGAAUUUCCUUUUGUGCUCUAACAGAAGAUGUAGUAAGAAACACUGGUUUCAUACUUCUGUGUCUGUUGCCUCAUGGGCUUUUGUCUUAAAUAAUCAGCAAUAUAUUUACCAAACUAAAACCAGGUUACAACAUAAAAGAACAUUUCACUCCUGAUAAUAUCGAAGUCUUUAAAAAAAUGGAAGUAUCAGCAAAAGGUUCCAGUCUAAAAAUAAAGCAUUACAAGUGCAAUUUAUUUAGAUUGAUUAAAGGUACAUGUGUUUGGAGUCCAUUAUAUUAAAUCUGUAAAUUUAUAGAAGCGUACUGCUGUUUUGAAUCUUUUAGACAUGGUUUCGACAUUGGAGACUGAUCAACACCAGUCUGAUGGAAAAUAUUUUCUGUAAGACAGAGAAUUUGUUUGAAAUAUUAUAUGUACUUAAUUACAUUGGCAACAGAAAAAUAUGUUUUGCUUCAUUCAUAUUUUAUGUUGGAAGUGUCAAUAUUUAAAUUCAGUAUUAAUAUAUUUUCAUCCCAAUAGUUUGUCAGCUUCUCUUAAAUAUUAAAAAGAACACAAAAUAAAGGAAAGCGAAAGUUAACAAUGCUUUUUUGUAGUUUCAGGUGGGAAUAAUAUCAAAAUGUUCUUACAUUUUAGAUGAAAUGAUAACAAUUGUAAAUUCUGUCAGAAGUGUUCAGAAAAAUAUUGUGAGGGCUUCUAGUGGAAUCAUCAUUCUAAUGGAAUGAAUUUAUAUUUGUACAAUAUGUACAUAACAAAUGAAGCAAAAAUCAAAUAUUAUUUGUCAAAGCUGUGAUAACUGGUAGCAUAAAAAUUAUUAUUAACUUCUGUGUAUGAUUGAGAUACUUUGCUGUAUUUUGGUUUUGCACAUAUGUAAAUAAAACUUGUGAAAUAUAAACUGUCAA